GGGUGGGUGAGAGAGUGGCCGAGCGCGAGCGGGAGGGAGAGUGGUUGUGAAUAUCAAGACAGCGUUGUGCAUUUAAAACGAAAAAACUGAAAGAAGAGGAGGGAAAGAAGAGAAAACCGAGACAUUGCAGCAAAUUGAUACAACUUGCAUAUUACGGACCAUGAUACAUUAUAGAAAAUACUGGACAUUAUAGAAUGUUUUGACGACAACGAAAGGCUUGUUGAACAUCCUCAAAUUGCCUGUAAUGAGGCAAUCCGCUAUUUCACAUAGCCUUCAUCUUCGCAGCUUUUGUUAAAGGCAAAUAUACAUAGCUAACGGUAUUUUUUUUGAUAAUCAUAGCAAGGGAUAGACAACGCACCGAGGGAGGAGACCGAAAUUGUGUGCAUUCCCUUUCCCCUUUCCCCUUGGGGACAGUGAAGUCAUAGGAGGACCUACCAAGUAACUGGAGAAGAGACAGCUUUGUCACAUCUCUAUCUCGUUAGUAAACUAGCAGUUUCUUUUCCACACAUACUCUCCGUCAGAUCACGUAAUACCGUUUUGCCAGUUUAUUUUUUCAUGGUUUAGACUUUCUGAGCAAUUAUUUCCAUCAUCCUCUGGGCGAUUCCCUGCUGAAGGAUGCCGGAUCAAAUAUCGGUGUCCGAGUUUCUCUCGGAAACAACUGAGGAUUACAAUUCCCCCACGACUUCCAGCUUCACUACCCGCCUGCAGAGCUGUCGGAACACGGUCAACGUUCUGGAGGAGGCAUUGGACCAGGACAGGACAUCUCUGCAGAAGGUCAAGAAGUCAGUCAAGGCCAUCUACAACUCCGGUCAAGACCACGUCCAGAAUGAGGAGAACUAUGCCCAGGCGCUGGACAAGUUUGGCAGCAACUUCAUAAGCCGGGACAACCCGGACCUGGGCACAGCCUUCGUCAAGUUCUCCUCCCUCACCAAGGAGCUCUCCACCCUCCUCAAGAACCUGCUCCAGAGCCUCAGUCAUAAUGUGAUUUUCACCCUGGACUCACUGCUGAAAGGGGAUCUGAAAGGAGUCAAAGGGGAUAUCAAGAAGCCCUUCGACAAAGCAUGGAAGGACUAUGAGGCUAAGUUUACAAAGAUUGAGAAGGAGAAGCGCGAGCAUGCCAAGCAGCACGGGAUGAUCCGCACGGAGAUCACCGGGGCAGAGAUCGCUGAGGAGAUGGAGAAGGAGCGCCGCCUCUUUCAGCUUCAGAUGUGUGAGUACCUGAUCAAAGUCAACGAGAUCAAGACCAAGAAAGGAGUGGAUCUUCUACAGAAUUUGAUCAAGUAUUACCACGCCCAGUGCAACUUCUUCCAGGACGGCUUGAAAACAGCAGAUAAACUGAAGCAGUACAUAGAGAAGCUGGCUGCUGACCUCUACAAUAUAAAGCAGACCCAGGAUGAGGAGAAGAAGCAGCUGACGGCGCUCAGAGACCUCAUCAAGUCCUCCCUGCAGCUGGACCAGAAGGAGGACUCCCAGAGCAGUAAGGGGGGCUACAGCAUGCAUCAGCUGCAGGGUAACAAGGAGUUUGGCUGUGAGAAGAAGGGUCACCUGAUGAAGAAAAGCGAUGGGCUGAGGAAGGUGUGGCAGAGACGGCAGUGUUCGGUGAAGGGCGGCAUUCUUACCAUCGCUCAUGCCACGUCUAACCGUCAGCCUGUGAAGCUCAACCUGCUGACCUGCCAGGUGAAGCCCAGUGCCGAGGACAGGAAGUGCUUCGACCUCAUUUCCCAUAACAGGACAUAUCAUUUCCAGGCAGAGGAUGAACAGGAGUUUGUCAUCUGGAUCUCGGUGCUGACCAACAGCAAGGAGGAGGCGUUGAACAUGGCGUUCCGAGGGGAGCAGAGCGCGGGGGCGGAGGAGGACGGCGUGCAGGAUCUCACCAAGGCCAUCAUCGAGGACGUGCUGCGCAUGCCUGGCAACGAACUGUGCUGCGACUGUGGAGCUUCAGAUCCCAAGUGGCUGUCCACCAACCUGGGGAUUCUGACUUGCAUUGAGUGCUCAGGCAUCCACAGGGAGAUGGGCGUGCACAUCUCCAUCCAGUCCAUGGAGCUGGACAAGCUAGGCACCUCCGAGCUCUUGCUGGCCAAGAACGUGGGGAACAGUAGUUUCAAUGUAAUCAUGGAGGGAAACCCUCCCCAGCCCUCCCCAAAGCCAUCCCCUGCCAGUGACAUGACAGUUAGGAAGGAGUUCAUCAACGCUAAGUACAUGGACCACAAGUUUGCACGCAAGACGUGCACGUCAGCCUCGGCCAAGAUGAGCGAGCUGUGUGAGGCGGUCAAGUCCCGCGACCUGCUCUCCCUCAUCCAGGUGUACGCCGAGGGGGUGGAGCUUAUGGAGCCCCUCCCAGAGGCGGGGCCGGAGGUGGGAGAGACAGCCCUCCAUUACUCUGUGCGCACGGCCGACCAGACUUCUCUGCACCUGGUGGACUUCCUGGUGCAGAACAGUGGUAACCUGGAUAAGCAGACUGAGUGGGGGAACACCGCCCUGCAUUACUGCUGCAUGUACGAGAAGCACGAGUGUCUCAAAUUGCUGCUGAGGGGCAAGCCAGCCACUGACAUCACCAAUCAGAACGGAGAGACUGCGCUGGAUGUUGCCAGGCGACUGAGGAACAGUCAGUGCGAGGAGGGACUUGUGCAGGCCGCUGAGGGCAAGUUCUACCCGCACAUCCAUGUGGAGUACGAGUGGAGCCUGCGGCUGGAGGAGAUGGACGAGAGUGAUGACGACCUGGACGACAAGCCCAGUCCCAUAAAGAAGGACCGCUCUCCCAGGCCCCAGAGUUUCUGCCACUCGUCCAGCCUGUCCCCUCAUGACAAGCUGUCUCUGCCGGGCUUCGCUGGCCACCGUGACAAGCAGCGCCUCUCCUACACUGCCUUCACCAAUCAGAUGUACAGCGCCUCCACCGACCUCACUUCCUCCCCCGUGGCCGACGCCCCUCCUCUGCCCCCCAGAAACCAGGGAAAAGCUCCUCCCUCGUCCGGCCCUCCCUCCACCCUCACCCUGGGCGGAAGCUCCACCCUGUCUAAGAAGAGGCCCCCCCCGCCUCCCCCCGGUCACAAACGCACCCUCUCUGACCCGCCCAGCCCUCUGUCACACAGCAGGGGGGGCUCCCACGGGGGAAGUGACUCCACCCCUCCGCCAGGAAACAGGAUGUCUCUUGCAUCCAACAAGUUUGAGGGCAUUCCCCAGCAGCAAAGCACUACUGCAAGUAAUACAAAGUCGACUCUUGGUCCAAGGGUUCUACCCAAACUACCUCAGAAAGUGGCCCUGCGUAAAAUUGACACUAUUCACCCAUCUAUGGACAAGCCCAGCCUGCCCCCAGAGGUGUUCCAGAAGUCCCCCCCAGGAGCCGACCCCCCCCAGAAAUCCCCCCUGCCUGACAAGCCCCAGCUCAGCGACCUGCCCCCCAAGCCACAGCCCUCAGAACUGCCCCCUAAGCCACAGCCCUCAGAACUGCCCCCUAAGCCUGGAGAACUGCCCCCUAAGCCCCAACUGUCUGACCUCCCUCCCAAACCCCAGCUAGGUGACCUGCCCCCCAAGCCCCAGCUCAAAGACCUCCCCCCGAAGCCCCAGCUCUCCGAGGUGCCCCCCCCUAAGCCUGGGUCUGGAGAGGUCAGUCCCAGGGCCCCGCCCGUAGAGCCGGCCCCCAAGCCACAUCCUCCAGAAACGCCGGUACCCAAUCAGCAAGCAGACCCGGGAAGCCCCUCCCCACAGUCCAGCGAAGACACCAAUGGGAGCCCAGUGGGUGCUGCAGAAACACCUGUGCCCUUACCCAGGAAGAUCAACACGGGUAAGACCAAAACCAGGCGGGUGAAGACCAUCUAUGACUGUCAGGCUGACAAUGAUGAUGAGCUGACGUUCCUGGAGGGAGAGGUAAUCAUCGUGACUGGGGAAGAGGACCAGGAGUGGUGGAUUGGCCACGUUGAAGGACACCCGGAGAGGAAAGGGGUGUUCCCCAUGUCCUUUGUCCAUAUCCUGAGUGACUGACAGCCUGACUGACAGCCUGACUGACAGCCUGACUGACAGCCAGACAGGCCUGCACUAAAGAAGUCUCCCUCCCUUCUCUCCGACAGCCCCGCCCAUUCACCCCCUCUUGCUAGAAGCCCUGUAAAUAGCUACUGUAACAAAACCCUGACGUGAAACAAGCGUUCUAAAGAAAACACAGAGAAGAAAAGAACUCCCCCAUGUAGGCUCUUGUAGCCACGGGUGGCUGAGCACAUCCUUGUUGUUAAUAGAAUGUUUUUACUCUCCUUCUUGCAGUAUUAUCUUAAUCCUAUAGCCUGGCUGCAGUCUAGCCUCUCUACACACCUAGCACUUACCGUAAAGUCUCCCAUUAAUGCUGUUACUGUGUAUAUAUGUAUGUAUAUAUAUUUGUGCGUGAGUGUGUGUGUGUGAGAGCAUACAUGUUUUAUUGUACAAAACAUGUAAAACUAUGUUACAUGUUCCAUGUUCUUUGCCUGCCGUAUAACCAAGUGUUUUGGGCAGUGGUGUUUUUGGACUUAACCUGUAUUGAUUUGACUGGUCAUCCAUGAAACUCCAUUACCAUCUGCUUACAGUGCAUUUCUGGAAAAAGCCAAAUAUGAGAUGGAAUAUGAAAUGGGUCAGGUAACUAGUCCUCCACCUUGUCCUGGAUCUGAGCUCAACCCCCUAGAUGUUACAGAGGAGGCACGCUCCCAUCCUAGGUCACACCCUCAUGACUCCAACCGAAUCCUCAAUAAACCCUCAUCUAAGGAUGAACUAUAUAUUCAUUAAAUGUAUUUCUUGUUCUUGCUAAUUGUACAUGUAUUAGGGUUUCUAUUUGACUAUCCACACCUGCAGCUUCUGUGCAAUGGAAUAUCAGACCGUGUGUGACAUCACAGGUCACUAGUAGUCCUCCUGCUUCACACAGUCUCAGUGCUGUGGGACCACAGUUAACCCUGCGCUGUUGUGAGUACUGUCUGCAUGGUGUAAUAAUGACUGGAAGGGAGAAGAACGUGGCUUAUAGGUGGGAUCAGGACACCACCAGGCUGAGACCAGGCAAGGUUUUAGAAUGUCCACCCCAUCUUCAUUUUGACCCUUUGGUAACAAGGUUUCAAAAUGGAGGCAUUUUUUUAAAAGGCAGCAGCUACCAAAAUCAGUUAUAGAAAUGCCUGAGAAUCUCAGCACGGUUGUACUUGAACCCAGCUUUAGGCCUCAUCUCAGGGUUUCAAGAACCACUGUUUAGAGCAGGCAGGUUGUCCUGCGCAGAUAGCCACUACUUUCCAUAAAGGAUGCUCAACAAGGUUGAUCUCAGCAAUGGUGUUUCUCAGAAGGCCUGUUGAGGUUUUCCAAUGUACAACCACCACUCCAGCCCCUGGUCCCAGUCACAGGUUUAUGCCACUCAUUUAUAAAUUAACUUGAAACGUAAGAAAGUACACAUUGAUGCCGUGGGAACUGGAGUUCACUGUAACAAGCCAGUUGGUGGAUGCAUUGAAUCCUAAAUGUAAUACAAAGACUUUUGAAGAUCGAGUCUUAACAUCCUAUGUACACCCAGUCCCAAGACUAGGUAACUGGAUUCAUGUAGUAGUCUCCACUUCACUAACUUGCAGUCUCCAUGUAAAUGGGACCCAUGUCCAUUCCAUUGUAUUAAUAAAAGUGUUUUGUUGUUAUUA